AUGAGCGACCAGUCGGGGCACACGCCGCUUCGGGCGCCCAAGCCGCUUCGGGGCCAGGUCGAUAUCCCCAGAGUGGCUCUGCACACUCAAUUGGCUCCCGACCUGGUCCCCCCUUCGGGACCCACCGACCGCCACUACACCCAGUCCGCCGUUCCCCACCCUCCUAAUUUCAUCACCCGCCGUCCCCUGUACUCGACGAUUGAGGACUCCCGGGAACGCCACUACCAUCUCGACUACCCGCUUGACCGUAACGAGCUUAUCCGCGAUCAAUUGGACCCCCAGCUGCCGUUCUACGCCCGCGACCACCCGCGCACCUUGGACUUGCCCCUGAUGCUCCCCUACGCCAUCGAGCUGCCGCGGGACCAGGCCAAGUUCUUGGCCCACAUCGUGGCUCACUUGUACCUUGCCAUCAAGACUUGUGACAUCCAAGGGCUGCUUCCAGUGACGGCUAAAGAUCUUGCCGAUAUCCGCGACGCCGUCGGGGUGCUGGACGUCGACUUAGCCCUAGAGACUAACUUAUUUGUUAGUAGCGGAGCCGAUGUCGAUGAAGCCGAAGGGGAAAUUAAAGAUACCAUCGUGUUUGAAGGCGAUGACGACCUGGAUGACGAUGACGACGAUGAUGACGACGACGAAGUAAUUGAAGACGCGGGUGACGCCAAUAUGGGUUCUCUGGCCACACUGCAACAUAAAAAGCUGCCGAAGCUGGCAGCCGUGGUCGGGGUACGCACCUGGACACAAGAACUUCUUGUGUGGCUUAAAAUGAAGUAUGAUAUGCCCAUCAAGUUACGCAUUGCGUUGGCCAAAGUGUACUACGCUCUUUGUCUCUGUCGCGGUCAAGAAAUCAAUUUAAAGAUCUACGUCAAAGCAUUUGAGACGUUGACUAAACACACUCGAUUCAUGGCGUCUCAGGGACUCGAGCUUGCGUGGCGUCCGCUUUAUCUUGAGGCCCGCAACCAUCUCCCCCUGGAGGACCUGAUUUCAGGCCCGGUGGAAGUGAAAGACCAAAAGCAAUUGCUUCGUUUAGCUACGCGAGCCCUGUAUUUCUUCCCGAAAGAUGCUACUCCAGAGAUCUUCGACGCCGUCGGUCAUCAUAUCACCUUUGCCAACGCGCUGUUUGUGGUGCUGGCGCUUUGCCUUGUACCUAACCGUUUCGGUGUUAGCGCUGAAGAGGCCAGCGACGCUCGCUUCUAUCUCGACCCGUUGUUCUACGUGUGGCGAAAGCUCAACAAAGUCCAAUACUUUGAAGACCAAAUGUCCCUGAAAGUGGGCGGGCUCGCGAUGGAAGCACUUUUCCAAGGUCAAGCUAAAUUGGGCGACUACGGUAUCUUCACUGAAGAUCAGUACACUUUCGUCAUGAACAAUUGCAUGAAUUGUUUACUGAUUAAUUCAGAUAAGUUUGGUCUGCAGCGGCUGAAAUACUUCCACGGUUUCGCUCUGAUCAUGGUCUAUCUGAUAACUCCGGCCAAUCUGAAGGUAACCGUGCCUUUACUCGCCACAUUGUUCAACUCGAUCGAACUGUUUGGGUUCCCGCUGAACUCAGGUGACUGGUCGCUGCCGAUCUCCAAGUUGGUGUAUGCGUUGUGUCAUCAAUUGCAAAAGCGUCGCAAUCUCGAAGUUAGUGGCGACCACCAUUACCACUUCGUGGAGGAGUAUAAGCUUGACUCUGCCACCAUCGACGCCAUCGUCGCCAUCUUGUUACCCAUGGUGCGCACGGGGAUCCAACUGAAAUCGCUGAGUGUCGUCGACAACCACUUAUUACUGUUGGGAGUGUUAGCUCAAUUGCUGCCGCAACGUGUACUUGAGGGUGUCACCAACGACUUGUACGAGCUGUUGGAAGGUCUCAUCUCCACCCACAGAGUGCUGAUCGCCCUCAGACUGAUAGAAGUGCUUGCCCGGUACAUGGCCUCCACUCCCGUAUUCAGAGUGCAUCUUGUUCGUUUGUUGCUGAUGGCCCUCCCGGGAAUUGAUCUGAACGAUUUGGUCAAAACUAUCCACACAUUGGACGUGUUUGCCACCGUGGCAAACUUCGUUCCCUUUGCCGAUCUCAGUGACGGUAACGGUGACUCUCUGCUUGCGAUUAAUUACACACUGGAUCACCUCGAGUUCUUGAGAUUAUCAGUGUACCUGCCGCCUGAUCCCGAGGCGGCAGCGCCUUUCCAAGACGUUGACCUCGAAAAGGAGGCGUUGGUGCUGGCGCUGCUGCUGUUCCCGGUGCUCAUGAAACUGUUUUGCCAGCGUUUAUUUGUGCUUUUGGAGAACAUCCCUGAUCCUAAUACCAGUGUGGGUCUCGAAAAAGACGUUACCGAUUCUCUUCCUAAGUUCGUCUAUGUGCUUGUGGAAGCGCUUUCCGAUGAGCUCUUUGCUCUCGUGAGACAAGAGAUCUUUGACUGGGUGUUCUCAAAUACUAUUCACACUGUGGCCGAAGUAGCUGGUGAAAUCUGCGGGGCUUUGAUCAAGCGCGAACCCAGCUAUUUCAGCAAAGUGUAUCAAGUAUUGAAGGACAAAAUCAAGGAGGAGAUCGAUGAAAACGGUGCUGGGAAACUGCGUACCGGGCUGGAUAUCGUACCCCGUGAUCAAGCUCUUUUCUGGAACUUGAUUAUGCUCAAUGAAUGUAUCGGUAAUGCUGGCAGCGAGGUGCGCAAACACGGCGUCUCUCUCACCAAGUUCUCGUUAUACUUGAUGGACAAAGUAAAGGGACCGGCGAUCUUUGCCCUGCUGUACAUCGUCAACCAGAUGCUCCUUGCCACCACUAAGAUCCGUCUUGCGGAAAACCGGUUAUUUGACCCCACUCAGCCAGUGACAAUCGACACCUGGACUCCUGACUUGCGGGCUAACCGCGACUACCAUUUCAACUGGUACCUCCCUCUGGAGACGGACAUUGACUUUGCUGUCGAUUGCUUUGCUCAACACGUGCAACGGACGUUGGACAAUGUGCGCAAGCUCAUUGCGCUGCACCCGGCGCUGGCGCCUAAGACCACGGCGAUGAGUGAUGAGUUCCGCCUGAACUUAUUGUACUUGUGCUUUUCGUUGCUGGGGGUACUGUUCUUGCUUGACCCUCUGUUUGACGAAGACAUACCUAAGCUUGAUGAACCGAUCGAACAGAGACUCUUGUUGCUUAAGCAUAUUCGGGAACAGGGUGGCUCGAAGAGUCAUGAUAAGAACUACCACGUGGAAACCACCGAACUCGAACGGAUCGUUGACGACAUUAAGGACCACGUGAUCGAAGUGGGUCAAUUUGAUGAUGAUUUGGAGGCAAUGAUUGUUCCUAAGGGAGGUGAAGACAUCGAGGAACCUGCACCCACUCUGCGUCUGGACCGUUUAUCCGCCUUGAAAGAAGAAGAUCUUCUGCUGCGUUCGGCUACUCCGGCUGUUGACGGUAUGGUGGUGCUGUCGAUGAACCCUGCCAUCACUUUCCGUGAGCGCAAACUCUACACGCUGAACUACUACUUCGGCGAUGAAAUUGACCAGCGUCGACUGCUGGCACGUUACCUCCAGCUCCACCGCACUCGUCAAUUGAUCGGGAAGUCGUUGCACAUAAUCUGCAAGUACUUUGUCGCCAAUUUCAGCGAGAACACCAAGUUGUUCAAACACUUGUUGUAUGUGAUCAAUGUUUAUUUCAGUGAUGUUGGCCGUGAACGGGUGUUGGAUCCGUCCCACGCUCGCAUCAAUUACGGUUACAUUAAGUGCAUCCAGGAAGUCAAUCGUGUACGCAAACCGUAUACGAGAAUGGCCGUGGGUGCUCGGUUAGAGCAGUAUCAUCAAUUGAGAGUUGCACUCCACGCCACUCUGCGCAAUCAAACUCCUUUGGAUAAGCUUUUGAUUGAGGACAUUGUAAAGUUGCUGGUAUCACCCUACGCUGACAUUGCUCAUGCCGCGCAAAACCUUGUCGGCGACGUGCUUAAACGGAUCAAUGGGCUGUACGCUACCUUGGUCAAGGGGGCAUUACGGGCGAUGACUCGGGCUUUGGAUGAAAAGCUGUUCUUGAGAGUGCAACUGGGUUUGGGACUUUUUGACGUCAAGCGCGUGAAGCAAAAGAUCCAAAACGACUACAUGUACAUUGAACGGUACAUUGAUAUGCUUCAACGGUGUAUCGCCGAGGUGGACGAGAUUCCCGAGGUUCAAGCCACCGCUAAGCUGCUUUACCAGCUGGCUACCGACCACUUGACGCCGCCACUGCUGGUGUGUCUUGUUGACUGGCAGCUUAUUGACGCUAUUCGCCCUCCGGAUGCCAUGAUUGAUGUGGAAAUCGCCGCAGUUCGUGCCGCGAAGGAACGGAAACGUCAAGUGUACAUGGAUAAGCUCGCGAGUCUCGAAGAGCUUGUACUUAAACACCUGUUACUGACGACGGUGUGGUGGAACCAAAUGAUCCACAUUUUGUUGUUGCUGAACCUUCAAAUCGACUUAAACGUGCCGACGCUGGCUAAAGUGCUUGUGAGAUUAGCUCAAUUAGCUGGGCUGGAUCACCCUAACAUUCUGAGGUUGGCGCUGAAGGGGUUGACCAAUGUCGUCGAUAAACUCUAUCAGUUCCAGCUGGUGGACUACACCUUGGCGAAUGCAUACAAUUUAGAGUUUGUACCUCACGGGAUUGCUGAGGUUUCUACUCAAGGCAGCGAGUUCACUCAGCAAUGGCACAAUGUCUUAUCGGGAGACCCCAACCCGCCGUUCUACAUGGACACUAAACCACUGCUGGGUUGGUUGUUCUGGGGUGAUAAGAUGCGGGUGAUGCCUAAAGAUCCCGAACUGUUAGCACGUCUAUCGGCUCGCGACAAGCGUCUGUUGACGGCGUUGAAGCCUUACUUGACGAAGGAAUGGUUUGUCGGUAUUGUCAAGUUGUGGAUUACCGAAAAUGAACUGAACUUAGCUUUCCAAGGGUCUGACGCUACGUUUAUCGCUCUGUUAGUGAUGCUUGUGGCUAAUGGCUACGCUGAAUUCACUUGCACCGAGCUCUUGGGGGUGGUUAAUCAAGUGUACGACAAGGAUGAAAAGGCCACCCAUAUGCUUUGUUGUGAAAUCAUAGCGGGUGUGCUUACCGGUAGUCACGUUUCUGACCCGACAUUUGCUGAUGAACGCGAUACUACCAUCACCGCUUUCUUGACUCAAGUGUUUGAUGACUUGACUCCCGACACUAAAGAGAUUUGGAACAUCUUUUCGUGGUGGCUUCCUCUGCACGUUGAUGUCCACCGGUUCCCUAAAUUGUGGGCGUUGUGGACUCAGGUGGACAUUGCUGGUUUGCUGGAUCUGCUGAUUCGUGUGAUCGCCCCGCGUAUCGGUUACCUUCGCCUGGUGUUGGUGCUGCUUUCGUGGAUGAUUCCCAAUCCUGACAAAUACUUGGAGUUCUGCCUUGAUCAUUUGAACUACCGGUACGAUACUAUUCGUAACCAGAUCGGGCUGAUGUUGGCAGUGCUUUCAUUUGCAUUCUUCAGUGAUACCAGUCCCAACGUUGAACAGUUCAUUAAGGAUACGAAGUCUCAAAGUGAUCUGCUCGUGCUUUACCGCGACGCUAAUGCCAAUGGGUUCCUCAAGGCUGUCCCGGAGAUCUUUGAGCGAGUGGAACGUGAGCGGCUCUUGGUGAUUAACAAAUCGGUGGAAGAAAUUGUAUACUCAGAUUACGUGUACUGUGCCACGACAAUUCUCACGUGGUUGCGCUACCAGUUAAAGACUAGUGCUGGCGUGCUUUUGGGUCCGUUUGUCGUUGAGCACAUUGUGCCGUUUUUGCUUAAAGUGACGGAGAUGAAGGAAGUGUGUCAGUGGGGUAACAUUAAUCCCGUAACCGUAUUCAAGCGGGUGCUGCAGCUUCCAUUCAACGAUGAACAAUUGGAACAAGUGGUGGCGAUGCUCGAACAAUACCAGGGUACGUUGAAUGUGGUGCAACUGAUUAUCAUGGGUGAGUUCACGGAGACAGUAUUCUUCGAUAACUUAUUCCGCCUUUCCCGCGAACAACGGGCGCGGAUGGUGGCAAUGGUGUACCAGCUUUUGUUCAACAAGUCGGUGGAAGUGAGAGAAGCGUCGGCACUGACUUUCUCUGGUUUGAUCCACAUGACGCCUCCGGAUGAAGUUGACGACUUGAUCAAAACUUACAAGGCAAAACUCAUGGCUACCAUCGACAGUGUCCGUCGCUUACACCGCAAGACGAACUUCAAACAACUUACUCCCGAGGACCAGACCCAACUCCACGGCGCCGUGCUUGGUCUUGGUGCACUCGUGGACGCGUUCCUGUUCACUCUGCCGCCGCCGCAGUGGGUGGCUGAGAUCUUGGCGAAGUUGGCGAUCCGGGCAUCGGGGAUCCCCGGGGUGACGGGGAAGACUGCCAAGGCGAUUUUGGGUCGGUUCAAGAAGAACCGUCAAGAUACCUGGCACGUCGAUCUGAAGGUGUUUUCCGAAGAGCAAAUGGAGGACUUGGAAGGGGUGUUGUGGAAGUCCUACUUUAUCUAA